AUCACUGUUUGUAAAAGGUCCAUAACUGUUUCGCUGGUGGCGGAUGGUAUGCAGAUCGAACUUGAACGGGAAUAAAGACGGAACUGAAGUAACUGCUAAUACGUUAAUGUGACUUAACCAGUCAGGAUUUAUAUAGUAGGCUAUUAUUCCAGACUUUUCUACAGUCUCACCAUUCAGUGAAUUCGGUCACAUUUAGGCUACAAUACCCGACCCAGAGACGUCGAGAGUGGCUACACUGUGGGAUUUUUCGGUUUUACAUUCAAAGUCAUUCGCGAUCCCGUACUCUCCAGCCAAGCAACUUGGACGCGAACGCUUGCCGGCCAGCGACAACUGUUGAAGACGACGGGUGUUGCACGAAGCUCCUAAACGUAGCCUAGGCUACUUGUCCACCUAUCCUUUUUCCAGAUUGAUUUGAAUGAGUAAUAGUGGCUGUGGUCAUGUUUUUGCAUCUCUGACGGACUGUGAGAAUGCUGCGAUCGGCCUCGACUCGUGAUUGACCAGCGGCGGCGCGCCUGACGACGCAGUCGGGUCGGUCGGACCCCUUCCUUCCGUCCCCGCGGCACGAGGGGCUCUGAGGAAGCACAUCUGCCCGGAGAUCAGCGCCGUGGAAGCCUGCUGAAAUGAAAUGAGGCUCAGAAAUGGAACUGUUGCCACCGCGAUUAUUUUUCUCACGUCUUUUCUCAGCUUGUCUUGGUAUACUGCCUGGCAAAAUGGAAAAGAGGAGCUGAUAGCGUACCAGCGGGAGUUCCAUGCCCUGAGAGAGCGCCUCCGUGUGGCGGAGCACAGGACACUGCAGCGCUCUACCGAGCUCAACAGCAUCCUGGAGCAGUUCAGACGCGCCAUCGCUGAGACCAACGGGAGCAAGGAUGCCCUCACAAACUUCUCCCAUGAGACUCAGAAGCUGUUGAAGGAACUGGUCCACAGGAAGCCGCUCCAGGUGCCAAAUAUCUACUACCACAUGCCCCACCUGCUGAACCGGGAGGAGAGCCUGCGGCCAGCCGUGCAGGUGGGGCUGGGCAGGACCGGAGUAACCAUGGUGAUGGGGAUCCCCACGGUGAAGCGGAAGGUGAAGUCGUACCUGGCCGAGACGCUGCACUCGCUGAUCGACAAGCUCUCCCCGGAGGAGAAGCUGGACUGCGUCAUCAUCGUCUUCGUCGGAGAGACGGACACGGAGUACGUACACAGCGUGGUGGAGGACCUGGAGAAAGAGUUCUCCACAGAGUUCAGCUCUGGCCUUCUGGAGCUCAUCUCGCCUCCAGCCAGCUACUACCCCGACCUCAAGAACCUGAAGGAGACCUUCGGAGACUCCAAGGAGAGGGUCAGGUGGCGGACCAAGCAGAACCUGGACUACUCCUUCCUGAUGAUGUAUGCUGUCAGCAAAGGGGUGUACUAUGUGCAGCUGGAGGACGACAUCGUGGCCAAACCCAACUACUUUGCCACCAUGAAGAACUUUGCCCUGCAGCUGUCCUCCGAGGACUGGAUGAUCCUGGAGUUCUCCCAGCUCGGCUUCAUCGGAAAGAUGUUCCAGGCUCCAGAUCUGAACCUGAUCGUGGAGUUCAUCUUGAUGUUCUACAAGGAGAAGCCCAUAGACUGGCUAUUGGACCACAUCCUCUGGGUUAAAGUCUGCAACCCUGAGAAAGAUGCGAAGCACUGUGAGAGGCAGAAAUCCGGUCUGCGGGUGCGCUUCAGGCCCUCUCUCUUUCAGCAUGUGGGGCUGCACUCCUCCCUCGCCGGAAAGAUCCAGAAGCUCACGGACAAGGACUUCCUGAAGCCUCUGCUGCACAAGAUCCACGUGAACCCGCCGGCGGAGGUGUCCACCACGCUCAAGGUGUACCAGGGCCACACGCUGGAGAAGACCUACCUGGGCGAGGACUUCUUCUGGGCCAUAACGCCCACCGCCGGGGACUACAUCCUCUUCAAGUUCGACCGGCCCGUCAGCAUCCAGCGGUACCUGUUCCGCAGCGGAAACCAGGAGCACCCCGGCGACAAGCUGGACAACACCACCGUGGAGGUCCUGCCCCUGUCGGAUCCUGGCCUGAAGAACACAGAUAAAUACAAACAGACGGAGGAUCACUACUACAGAAUCGGUCAUUUUGAGAAGGGCGUGGCCGAGGCAGCGGUGGAUCCCGCCUUUAACCCCGUGGUGGCGCUGCGCCUCACCUUGCUCAAGGACUCCGCCGUGUGGGCCAUCAUCAGUGAGAUCCACAUUAAGAAGGUAGCAGGUUAGCAUGCUCCAGUGAGGCCUGUCCAGUGGAGUGGCCUCUCUCUCGCUCUGCGCCUUCCCCCGACCCCCCCCCCCCACGGGCAACAGUGACCAAGAUGGAUCCCAGCAUUCGUCCGUCACCUCCUCCUUUCUACCUCACCGGAAUGUGGAAACUACUGAAAAAAAAAAUCAUUUAUGAGGUUGGGGGGGGGAAUCCAGGUAGAAUCAUGAAAAGAAUUGCCCCCUGAAUUAUAACGCGUGCGAAACGGACGCGUGACACGGGUGAGACGCUAACUCGCGCGGUGCGUGAGGUCAUCGUGAGAAAGGCACUGCACGUGCCCGCUGACCCCUGACCUCCCUGCUGAUUGGUGGAGCAGCGGCUUUACCCUGGAACGGCAGGGAAGAUGGGGAGGAGUCCUUGGGUAUAGUUAAUGCGCUUGAUUGUGAAAUUUUGAAACUGGACCCACUUGGAGAGUUUGUUUUUUUUUGCCCUCCCCCCCGUAACACUAAAGUGUUAUGUAACAAGAACAAAAAAACUUCAGGAAUGAACAGCUGCAGGCAAACCAAAUUGUGGCUCGGAUCCUAAAAAACGAGCCCAGCUUCUGCAGCUCCGUUCAUCUUCAAUCGCCCUUUUUGCCAAAGUGCUUCUUACGAGCGAAGCGAUGGACGCUGUUCUGUCCGACUGCGCAGCUCUGCGGCUCAAGGAAGUGCAGCUGCGCAUCAGAGAUGACUUGCACAAACAUUCGCUUCAGUCUUUUGUGUUCAAUGCUGCGUCUGACAAGAGACCUUACAUUUCUCUCUUCAGAUUAACGGCAUAACGCACAAAUUUUAUCGGGACAUCUGCUGUUUUAUGAUCAAUCAAAAUAAAAAAACUCGCCCUUUUUGUUCUUUCCAUUAAACGGAAGGUAAAUAUUAUUCUCCUGGGGUUCCAUGAAGGAAAUCUUAAUUUAUUAGAAAAUAAUUUGUAUGAGUAGUGAUAUGUUCUAUGUUUUAUUCCGUAAAAAAAAAAAAAAACAGUUCUACGUAUUUAAUUGUGUUGGUGUCUUAAACGGAAGGGAAGUUCCCUUUGGUCCCCUCGCGGGCGCUGUCCGGCGUGGCGCGAGGAAGGCGUAUCGACACGUGUGCCUUAAACUUCCCAGGCCCGGAGUGCGCGGGGACCGCGGAAAGGAGCGUUUAUCGGUGCGGAAUCGUGCGACGGGGCUGUGGUCCACACAGGGCUGGAGCUCUCUGGUCAUGCGGAGAUUCUCUCAUUUUCAUCCCGCUUUUGAAAUUUAUCUCGUGGCAACGGCUCCAUUGCGCUCGGUUUUCCGCUGAUUCUCUUUGACUCGUAACGGCACGGUUUUGGCACUGGACUCUUUCCAUUCAGGAAGUAAACAAAAAUAAAUGAGUGAAAGGAGGUGCUUCGUUCUGCGCCAGAAUCCUCGGCAAUAUCUCUUUUAACUCCUUUUGUUCUUUGUCGCUUAAAGGAAAAAAAAAAACUUGAUCAUUUUGUAAAUUUGAAAUUCUCCGUUCAUCAGUCACGUGAUGUCAUUUUCACAGCGGUGGUUUUGUUAGCUGCCCGGGCCUAACGAGCGUGUUGCUUUUAGUUUUGUUCCUAAAGUAAUCGGUCAGUAAUUUUCGUCCUCCUCAGGACAGUGAAAGAAUGGGUUUGACAGGGAAACAAGGUUUCAUUGCUACUUCUAUGAAGAAUACUAUCUUUCUGUCACUAAAAAUUUAGUUAAACGGGCAUUCCUGUUGAUUGUGAAUGUUUUCCUGUAAUACAUGACUGAAAAUGUAUUUGAAUUCCAGAUACCCUGGAUGCCUAAUUAAGACACAUUUUUUCCUCAUUGAUUACUGACAUUUUGGAAAGAGAUUGUAGAAUAAGCGUAACAUGGCAUCUGUGUGCUUGAUGUGGAGGGGAUGGUUGUGAAGAGGCGAGCCUGUUUUGAGUGACAGGCAGACACACACACACACACACAAUUGCUGUUUGUACACGUACACACACACACAGGCCUUCUAUUUGUACACCCACACAAAUAAUUGUACACACUAGACCGGGGUACAAAUAUUUCAGCUGUAGAUGUCAGCAAAAUUUUAAACUAGACCCCUGAGAAUUUUUAGUAAAGCACAUUGCUAACCAAUUUGGACAGCCAUAGGGGAAAAUUUCUGAACAUGUGUGGCAGUACAUAUUUGCUUUUAAAUUGUAAGUAAUCUGCAAGAGUUUACUGGUGUCUUAAAAUGUGUGCAUUUCAAAUAUGUUUUUAAUCUGGAUCUGUUUACACACACACCACUAUCUCUUGGAUCAGGCAGCAGGUAACUGAAAGCUCAGCCUCGCCCCUUCACUCCACCAGGUGAACACCUGUGGGAGCGCCACACCCACCCCACUUCACGUCAGGCACACACACACCUGUGGGGCCUGGUCCUGCCCACAGUAGGUCAUGUGCCUUCAUCUGUGUGUCUGUGUAACUGCGAUUGGACAUGGACAUGGUUUAAAUAAAGAGGAUAAAUCUGGAUGAA